UUCUUCUUACAUAUGAAAAUCACUCCAUCCAGAAUGCAGUUUUGUGUGCGAGCAAUUGUGAUUUUUUGCAUGCUGAGCAUCUUUGCCAAGGCUGAGCAACCGUAUACUGUGAAAAAUGAAGACUUCGAACAUUUUGACGGUAUGAAGGAAACGAUCUUCCAUUUGGGUGAAAUGAAAAUUAUCGGACGUCAACGUUUUAUGAAUGGCACUUUGAAAUUCGCGGAGGAUAUGAACAAUGAACACUACAAAUUCUCAAUAGAGCUCUUCUCUUCGCCUCAAGGCGAUGAUCAGUUCAAGCGUUUGCCUAUGGGUGUGCCACGCACGAACAUUUGUGAUGGACUGAAAAAUUUGUACACGAAAAUGUUGCAGCCAUCGUUUGUAGAGGGUGAAAAUACAAAUUUCCCAUAUGUAUCAGAGGAUGAGGGACUGUGUCCUGUACCAAAGGGUGAAUAUUACAUAAAGGAGCUGGAGCUUAACACCGAUUCUUGGCCAAAUCAAAUACCACGUGGCCUUUUGAAGGUGGUAUUCACAUUUUUCAAAGACGAAAUCAAUGUGGGUGGCGGUGUUUUGUUGUUGAAAGUCGAAGAACGCAAGUGAGUUCAAUUGAGUGUGGCAUCUGAAGGCAUAACGACUUGAAUAAGGAUUCAGAAAUUUACUGGUGGUGGCGGUAAUGUUUGAAAAAUCUUUAAAGUAAAAAAGCAAAAAAAAAUACAAAUAAAAAUUGUUGGCAGCAGAUGAUUAAGUAUU